CGAGAGGCGUGAUUCGAAGGGCGGCGAUUGAAACGGAACUCGAAUAAUCCGCGCCGGUGUGCCCGUGUUCAUCGUGGACAGUGUUGUUGUUGUUGUGGACCGAUUUUCCCGCGAUGUCGACGCGACCGCGAUAAGGAUUACCCAUCGCGGUAUCGACACGUCGACGGUGUAUGCACGACGUGGUGUCGUCCGACGAAGAGGAUGUGAAUCGCGCACUGUAUCAAAGUGAACGCGCUUAUCAAACAAUCGCGGACAUGGCUUUGAGGUGGCAGGCCAGGCUUUCCAUUGCUGCCAUACUCUUCAUGUGUACGGAAGAUACGCUGAGCUUAGGAGAUCGACAGACGAUGGACAACAUGGAUCGACACGGCGGUCAGGGUAGACCGCGGAACCAGAUGCUCGAUCCUCCCAACAUGAAACUGAAGGUGGAGCCUACGUUCGACUACUCGCAGAACACGAACGUGACAGCGCUGAUAGGGAAGACCGCUUAUCUCACGUGUAGGGUUCGCAACUUGGGCGACAAAAGCGUAAGAUCCUUCAUUUCCUUCAUCAAUCGAGAAUUAGAUUAG